AUGAUAGGAUUUGAAACUACAGAACGAAGUAAACAUCAAGAAGUGUCCGUUAAACUUCAACAGCGUCAGGAUGAUAACGUUCUUAAACUAAAGGAAACUUUUCAAAACACAACAAAUGCAUUCCAUUGCAACAGCGAUGAGCUCAUUCACAUUCUAACUCAGCGAGUCUUUCCACAGGAAGUAAAGGUGUCUUUAGAUAAUAUUGCACAAGUUGGACAAGAUCUGUAUAAUGCAUUCUUAGAACAACGAGUUUAUACCAACAAUAUUCCGUUCUGGGACCCUUUAAAAAAGAAUUUGAUCACAACGUGUAAAACAGCAGUGAAAAAGGUUAAAAUUACCCUCAAAGAAAAAACUGUAGCCAUAAAGACGGAUUUAUCUCUUAUAUCAAGACUGAUGAUAGUAUCUAGAAGUAGACCUGACAUUGAAUUGAGACACUACGAGUUUUGA